UCUGUGCGAAAGUCCGUCGGUCCUCGGUCCUGGCCGAAUAAAAAUCAUGCGGUCCGAGAUAAAUUUCCUUUCCGUCAGUCCUCGUGUCCGAAUAAAAAUUCCAGAAGCUAUAAAUAUAUAAAUGACCUUUUUAUUGAUAACGUCAUCAACAUUUUGUUUUGACAGCUUAAUUUGCAUACCUCAGCUACGUCAUGCAUAUUUUAUUUCCGCUAUUUUCCGUCACACUAUAAUUUAAAUGGCCGACUAUAGCCGGAUAGUAAACAUUUUGAUGACGUAUGCUAUUGCUGAAAAGGGAAAUCACUCCGCAUGACUUGCCGGUUCCCAGCAUAUAAGCGCGUUUGUUUUGAUUCUACACUGAAGGUCACGCUACGAUAAUCAGGUGAUUUCGUUUUCAUACAAAUAUUAUUAUAAAUAUUAUUAAAUUAGCAUUUAAAACAUUGCAAAUAUAUUAAAUAUGCUUUCACUGAAAUAUGUUGAAGGGGCAAAACCCGGCCAACCUAUCAAACGAAAGAAAAGUGAAAGUGAAACCAAGGACGAUGCUAAAAAACGCUGGAAAGAUUAUGAACAAAAACGGGUAGAUCGAUCGUUCAACUAUGAGUGGCAAAUAGGGCGUCCUUGGUUAAAAUUUGAUAAGGAAAAGGGGGUUAUAACAUGUUCUGCCUGUAUUAAUGUUUAUGGUACAUCGGGGUCUGGCGGAUCAAAUUUAAAAGGAAAAAAUGCCUUCAUAACAGGUAGCACAAAUAUGAAAAAGUCCUCAAUCACUGAUCAUGAAAAUAGUACAAGCCAUGUAAAUGCAAUUUCUAGGGAAAAGGCCAAACAUUCUACCCCAGUGCAGCAAGCAAAAUCUGUUGCUGGAAAGACACUUCUGUCUAUGAAGGCAUCAGAGAAGCAUAGAAUUGCCUGUUUGUUUCGGGCAGCACAUGGACUGGGUAAACAAGGCCGUCCCCUCAGAGAUUUCACUUGGCUAUGUGAUGUAAAUGAGGCAAAUGGUGUUGAUUUAGGAAAAACUUACAGGAACCCAAAGUCUGCUCUUGUUUUUUUAUCUUACAUUGCAGAUGCAGAGAGGGACAAGACUACCAAACUUACAAACACAGCACCUGCAUACUCUUUAUUAAUGGAUGGUACAACAGAUUUGUCGGGUGAUGAACAGGAAUGUGUUUAUAUUAGAGCUGCAUUAAAUGGAAAAAUAAUUGAACGGUUUGCUGGCAUCGGUUCCCCAAAAAGCACAUGCUCCAAAGAUCUUAAAGAGUUUGUUGAUGGGGCCAUAGGAGCACUUAAAUUGAAUAAAGAUAAAAUGAUUGGCCUCGGAUCAGAUGGAGCAUCAAAUAUGGUUGGAAGCAAGGGAGGACUGGCAACACUCUUGAAGCAAGAUAUCGGGGAGCAUUUUGUAAAUGUUCAUUGUUUCAGUCACCGCCUUGGGUUGGCAUUUAGAGAUGCUGUGAAGAAAAACAAGCUUUAUGAGAAGUUAAUGACACUUCUUAUUGGGGUUUACUACUUCUACACAAAGCAAUAUAAAAACAAAAAAGGACUUAUGAGUGCAUUUGAGGUUAUUAAAGUUAAGCCCCAUAUGCCACCCAAAGUUACAGGUACCCGCUGGCUUCCUCAUAUGAAACAAGGCAUAGCUGUUCUACUCCGAAACUUCAAUGCAUACAACACCCAUAUGAGUGAUGCUAGCCACACAAAUGCCAAGGCUGAAGGGCUAGUGAAGAUUAUGCUAGACAAGCAUGUCCUAACUUUUGCCCUUUUUAUGCAGAAACUUCUUGAGCCCCUGUGUAAUUUGCAAGAAAAGCUGCAACGCCAAGAUAUAACCUUAGCACAUGCCAUGGCUUGGAUAGAAACAACAAUGGAGCUAGUUAUGAGUUUGGAAACAAGGUACUGUAACCUACAUUUGUUAUCAGCAUAA